AUGGCUUUCUUAAUGAAAAGCAUGUUGAGCAACCAAGUGAAAAAUUUGGGACUUGGUGGAGGGGGUGACGAAGCCAAGGAAGAGGCAGCCCCCGCUGACCCAGCUGCAGCCGCAGGGAUGACCCGGGAAGAAUAUGAGGAAUAUCAAAAGCAAGUGAUAGAAGAAAAGUGAGUAUAGAUUCCUGUAUUAUCAGCUUGUAACUGAUCCACUCUGUCUCGGUCUGUGCACAAGAUAAUAAAACCACAGGGGACGUAUAUGGGUAAAGUCUUUCUGCUACUUACUCUCAAGAAGUUCUGUUGAUUUUUCAUGUCACUGUCUCCUUGAGAAUUACACCAGGGCAUUUUAAUUCCCUUCCUCCAGAUUACUAAGAGAGGGGGAAAGAGAAACAUCUUGAGACGUCCCAUAUAAUGAUAGCUUUAUGAACAGAACCAUAUUUUUUGUGGUUAGUGCAUCACAAUGUCCCUCAAUCCACUGAAACAUUUUGACCAGUUCAACAGAAUGCCUCAUUCGGUCGGUUAGUUUUGAUUUUAUUUCUGUAGACUAAAUGAACGGGAGGGGAAGUUGUAUUCCCCGCCCCCCACCUAAAAAUAAAUGAAUACAUGGGGAAUUAAUGCUCAGUGUUAUGUGAGCCUUCCUUUGAAAGUGCUAUAUAAUGUGCUUAAAAUAAUCCCUGGCUUUUUUUCCUGCGAUGAGUCAUUACAAUUAUGCAAAAAAAAAGAAAAGUAUAGUCUGUUGUAAUUUAAUUCUCUUUACCUAGAGGAGAAUCUACUGAUUUUAAAAUCAUAAGCCUUUUUAUUUGUCCUUCCUCUGCCCAAACUUUCAAAUAUACAGCACACACAAGGAACUAUUUUGACUUGUUAAAAUGAAGCUGGGUAUUUUUAAAGUUGUAGAAAAGCUCUUUGAAAUGUUAACACGGUCAGAUAUACCAGUGAUAUCAAUAAUCUGCCUGUACGCUCAUGUGAAGGAAAAUGAAAGGGGUUCAGUAAUAAAAGCAUUAAAGACAAGCACAAUUGCAACUCCAAAAACAAUUGAAUUUCAAAUCCCUAGUGCAUCAUUUCGCUAAUGAUCAAUUACAUAAUGGUUGUCUAAAUCCCACAUCUAAGAUGAUUAAGGGUGAAAGGUUAAUGAUCUAUGGAAUUUAAGGCAGACCAGGUUAUAUUUAGAAGUUGCCAUUUUUGUGAGGUGGACUUCUAAACGUAUGGAAUCUUAAAUGCAACUUCUUUAUGCUGGACAGUUCUUAGCAAAAAAAAGUGUACAUCAGGGAGCGGUCAACCUCCUUCCCUCCUUUAACACCUGGAACAAAUACAAUCUUUGCAUAGGUGAAAGACGCCUUUCAAUACUGCUUUUUAAGCCAAAAUGCAUCAAAGGUGUUUCUUGGUCGAGAACAGAAUUUGCACGUAUUUCAGGACUGGAAUGAAACUUUUUACACAGAGAAGGGGGGAAAGCUGCCACUAUGGAAAUGGGUGAUUAAGGUCACUUCUGGACUGUCACCAUUUCCAGGUGGCAUUCAGUAACAUACCAGCAAAUUCAGGUAGUGCCAUUGAAGUUGUUUUGGAGCUCUUGCGCAACAAACCCGUCCACCAUCCCCACCAAUCAGACUUUUUGGGGUAAGCAAAGUGAUGGGGAUACGCCCAGCAAAGUGUGGGAUGACGCCUGCUUGAUCCAACAUGGUAUAACCUCCCCGCAAACAAAUCGGAAUGAAUGCUCAAUAAGCAGCUGACAUCAUCGCCCGCAAACCUUGUGCAAGCAAAUCAGGAUGAGUGCUCAAUAACCAGGUCAUCUGGAAGAGGCCCUACUCAUCAAGAGAACUUGGUAAUGGGCGCAACGUUCCCCCCCCCCCUUGUAAUAUCUCGGUUUUACAGCUGAAUAGACCGAAGUUCACAGAGGUUAAAUGACUUGCCAAAGGUCACACACUGAAUCAGUGGAUCAGGCUGGAUUAAAUGCCUUGUGACCCUACGGUUUUCCCUCUCCGGUUUUCCCUGUUUCCCUGUAUUUGCGACUUCGUCAGACGCUCAGAAUGCAGCAGUGCUGCCAAACUGUAAAUUCUAGAAGUCUGCAAAGGACAAAUGUGAGAUAAAGCCCACAACCAAAUAACCAUGGACGUUAUACUCUCUCGCCCUGACCUAGCCACUGUGAUCCACGCGACGGUCACCUCCAGACUGGAUUAUUGUAACUCGCUCUACGUGGGGCUGCCCUUGAGACUGACCCAGAAUCUCCAGCGGGUGCAGAAUGCCGCGGCGAGACUCCUUAUGGGGUCUUCGCUGCGAGAUCACAUUCAUCCGGUACUAUACCAGCUGCACUGGCUCCCGGUGGAGUACAGGAUCAGGUUUAAGGUGCUGGUUUUAACCUUUAAAGCCCUAUACGGCCUAGGACCCUCGUACCUACGGGACCGCCUCUCCUGGUAUGCCCCACAGAGGAACCUACGGUCUGCAAAUAAAAACAUCCUGAAGGUCCCAGGCCUCAGAGAGGUUAGGCUGGCCUCAACAAGAGCCAGGGCUUUCUCGGCUGCGGCUCCAAUCUGGUGGAACGCUCUGUCACAACAGACUAGGGCCCUGCGGGACCUGACAUCUUUCCGCAAGGCCUGCAAGACAGAGUUGUUCCACCAGGCCUUUGGUCAGGGCCCAGCCUGACUCCCUCCUCUGGCAACCUGCACAGAACUUUGCUUAACGGUUGCCAUUAAUUUGAUUUUAAUUAAUUUUUAUAAUGAAAUGUUUUUAGAAUGUUGGAUUAUUUGAUUGUUUGAUUAUUUGAUUGUUGUUAGCCGCCCUGAGCCCGGCUUUGGCUGGGGAGGGCGGGAUAUAAAUAAAAUUUAUUAUUAUUAUUAUUAUUAUUAUUAUUAUUCAGCCAUGAAAGUGACAGCACUGGGGACAGGGAAUCAAACUGAUGAUCUACACCAAGCUUCCUUGGCCAUCCAGAUGUUUUUGGCCUACAACUCCCAUGAUCGCUAGCUAGCAGGACCAGUGGUCAAGGAUGCUGGGAAUUGUAGUCUCAAAACAUCUGGAGGGCCAAGGUUGAGGAAGCCUGAUCUACACCAUACCUUGAAAACACAUAGCUCCACCCCAUCCCCCAAGAAUCAUGGGAAUUAUAGUUUAGCCCCAUACAGAGCUAUAAUUCCCAGCAUCCUCAAAAAACUAUAGUUUCCAGGAUUCUUUGAGGGAAUCAUAGAAUUGUAGAGUUUGAAGUGACCCUGAGGGUCAUCAAGUCCAAUCCCCUGCAAUGCAGGAAUCUCAACUAAAAUGUCCAUGACAGGUGGCCGUCCAAUCUCCGCUUAAGGAAGGAGAGUCCACCAGCUUCCGAGGGAGUCUGUUUCACUGUUGAGCAGCUCCUACUGUCAGAAAGUUCUUUCUGAUGUUUAGUCGGAAUCUCCUUUCUUGUAACUUGUAAGCCAUUGGUUUGGAUCCUACCCUUUGAAUUAGGAAAAAACAAGCUUGCUCCAUGGGAUAACCCUUUAGAUAUUUGAAAAUCUCCUUCAUAUCUCCUCUCAGUCUUCUCUUAUCAAUGCUAAACAUACCCAACUCCCUCAACCAUUCCUCACAUGUCUCGUUUCCUAGACCCUUGAUCAUCUCUGUCGCCCUCCUCCACACAUGUUCCAGCUUGUCAGUAAGCUUCUGAGCUUUGGUCUGCCUGACCUUGUCCAUACAGCUGUUGACUACAUGACUAUACUCUUCCUUUGCCAUUUCCCCUUUCUUCCAUUUCUUAUACAUGCCAUUCUUAAAUCUCAGUUCAUCUGUAAGCUCUUUAUGCAGCCACACUGGUUUCUUAGAGGCCUACCACUUUUCUUCCUUGUGGGAAUGGUCUGGAUUUGUGCUUUCAGUACUUCACCUUUAAGAAACUUCCAUCUAUCUUGGAUUCUCUUCUCUCUCUUUGAGUAUUUCUGACCAUGGGAGAUCAUUUGGUAGUUCUUUAAGCAUUUUGAAAACGGCUUUCUUAAAAUUCAGAGUGCAUGUUGAACUACGCUUAACCUUCCCUCGCCUCUGUAUAAUGAAACCCAAGAGGACACAAUCACUUCCUCCCAAGGUUCCCUGUACUUCUACUUCAUUGAACAGCUCCUUCCUGUUGGUGAGGCCCAGGUCUAAGAUAGAUCCCCUUGUUGCUCCUCCCACUUUCUGGGAAAUGAAAUAGUCAGCGAGGCAAUAGAGGAAUUUGUUGGACCUUACAUUCUUGGCAGAGAUACCCCAACAGAUACUGGGGUAGUUGAAGUCUCCCAUGACUACUAUAUCUCUCCUUUUUGAAUGUUUGGCAAUCUGCUGUAGGAAAGCAUCUUCCAAAUAUCCAGUUUGGCUUAGAGGUUUAUAGCAGACACACUGAAAGGUCGCAGCUGUUUCUCUCUCUUACAGUUUUUACCCAUAUACUCUCCAUCAGCCUUCCAUGCUCCAGGUCAUGGUUCUCUUCACAUGUAUACACACCCUUUACAUAUAAUGCUACUACUCCUCUCUUUCUGUCUGGUCUAUUCCUUUUUAAUAGGUUAUGCCCCUCGAUUUCUACAUUCCAGCUAUGAGUCUCCCCCACCAGGUUUCAGUAAUGCCUAUUAGGCCAUACAGUGGUGCCUCGCAAGACGAAAUUAAUCCGUUCCGCGAGAGUCUUCGUCUAGCGGUUUUUUCGUCUUGCGAAGCAACCCUAUUAGCGGCUUAACGGAUUAGCGCUAUUAGCGGUUUAGCGGCUAUUAAAGGCUUAAAGGCUUAGGGAUUAGCUGCUAAAAGGCUAUUAAAGGCUAUUAAAGGCUUAGCAGAUUAGAUAAAGGGGGGGAAAGCGAAAAAAAAAUCUCUAGACUCGCAAGACAUUUUCGUCUUCGAAGCAAGCCCAUAGGGAAAUUCGUCCUGCGAAGCAACUCCAAAACGGAAAACCCUUUCGUCUAGCGGUUUUUCCGUCUUGCGAGGCAUUCGUCUUGCGGGGCACCACUGUAUUUGCAAAGAAGCAGCUUCCUUCUGAACUCCCAUCUUUGCAUAUCUCUCCAGGAUGAUCAUGCAGUAUGGUGCUACAUAUCCAGUAGAAGUCUUCUGCUAAAAGCCACCCCUUGACUGGUGAUUGAGGAAGGCACCAUUCCAACCUCCCCUUGAACUUUGCCUUCCUUCCACACCCAUCCAAAGGCCUUCAAUUCCCAGUUUCAGAAGCAUGGCUUUAAGCUAAGUGCUUCCUAGAGGCCCAAAGCAAUGGACAUGUCCCUAUGAACAUCCAUGUUCAGAGACAGUAGGUGCUAAGAAUACCAUUCUUCAUCUUGCCUAUCUUAGGGGCUUCCUUAAAGCCAGUCCUGGAAGCAGGAUGCUGCAGUAGAUGGAACUAAUGUCUGGUCCAGCACAGCUCUUUAGAUGCUGCCCAGCUACUAGUGUGGUGUAGUGGUUAAGAGCGGUAGACUCGUAAUCUGGGGAACCGGGUUCGCUUCCCCGCUCCUCCACAUGCAGCUGCUGGGUGACCUUGGGCUAGUCACACUUCUCUGAAGUCUCUCAGCCCCACUCACCUCACAGAGUGUUUGUUGUGGGGGAGGAAGGGAAAGGAGAAUGUUAGCAGCUUUGAGACUCCUUCGGGUAGUGAUAAAGCGGGAUAUCAGAUCCAAACUCUUCUUCUUCUACUACUAGUAUAGCUGAUGUAUGUUCAUUUCACUGAAUACUAGUUGCUGGAGGGAGCUAUUGCCUUCACGCUCUGCUGCUGGACUUCCCAGAGGCAUCUAGCUGGCCACUGUGAGAACAGGAUACCCCUGGUCUGACCUGGAAGGGCUCCACUUAUGUUCUUGCUUAUUUGUUUUUACAAUUUAUAUGAAAUAGUCUCAAAAUCGCAGUACUUUGAAACCUUGAGGUCCGUUCUUAACCUGAAACUGUUCUUAACCUGAGGUACCAGUUUAGCUAAUGGGGCCUCCCGCUGCUGCCACGCCACUGCUGUGUGAUUUCUGUUCUCAUCCUGAAGCAAUGUUCUUAACCCGAAGUACUAUUUCUGGGUUAGCGGAGUCUGUAGGGUUACAGACCUGAAGGUCUGUAACCCGAGGUACCACUGUACAAAAAAGAAUAAAAAUCAGUUAAAACUAUGAAAUCAAACUUCAGUUAAAAUGCCUGCUGGGUGAGAUAGAUAGAUAGAUGAUAUGUUGGACCUCCUCUGGAUGGGAGUUCUACAAAACUGGGCUCCCCGUACUAAACACAUGGCUUCUGGUGGAUCCAAGCCAUGGGAGACCAGUAACAGUGGCUCCUCCAAAGACCAGGUCUGAGACAGCUCAGUUGGCAUGAGACUCUUAAUCUCAGGGUUGUGGGUUCGAGCCCCAAGUCAGGCAAAAGAUUAUCUGCAUUGCAGGAGGGUUGGACUAGAAGACCCUCAUGUUUCCAACUCUAUGAUUCUAUGAUCUCAGUAACUGGGCUGGGAUAUAUGGGAUUAGGCAGUCCUUGAGGUACCCUGGGCCCAAAUGGUUAAGGCUAGAAAUGGGUUAGUGUGUAAUGCAGCCCAAGACUAAGACGGAGGACUCAUUGUUGAGAGCUGGUUGCUGGGAGUAAAGUACAGUUCACAAUAUUCUUUGGGAUUUGGGGGGGUGUGUGCUUUAAGUGCAUGGUGUGCAUGUAAUCAUUUCCUUCAUUAUGUUAUUAGAAUAUUUAUCUUGCGCUUGUGUGGUUUUCCGCAAUGUCUUCUUCUGUGGUGCGGCCUUCCUUGCCAAUUUCUUAGCCAUCCAUGAUGACAAAACCUCCCAUAUCUGUUCCCAGGAUGGAAAGAGAUGCAGCCUUUGCAACAAAAAAGGCCGAGAGAGCCGUCCUGAGGGUCCAUUUGCGAGAGAAGUACAGACUCCCAAAGGUAAGAUCAGAUGUGUUUGGGGUUUGGUUUUUUUAAAGCAAACUUUUGUUUUAAUGUUUUCCCUCUGCCCUCUGACUCAGUAGCCCAGGAGCUGGCAAACUAAGGUCUGUGGGCCAGAUCAGGCCUAAUUGCCCUCUGGAUCCGGCCCGUGGAUGGUCCUGGAAUCACCGCUUGGGUCAGCAUGAUCGUUUGUGCUGCGCCAUAUUUUUUUUUGCAAUUUUUUUCAGGCACCAUUUUUUGCCAUUCCCCACCCCUUCACACACACUGCGGCGCCACCUCCUCCCUCCCUCUUCUUGGCUUCUCCCCGCCCUGCGGGGGAAGGGAGCUGGGCUUUGAUUGGUGCCAGCCAAUCCGAAGCCUUGCCGCCUGCGCGCUAAGGCGCGGCCCAGACUCACCACCUGCCUGCCAGCCUCUCCGUCCAUGGCCACGCAGUGGGCAUCAUGACGGGCACAUUGCGGGGCUUCAGCUGGAGCUUGGUGCGCCUGCUGGCCCUGUGCCUGGUGCCCAGGAAAUCUGGCCCGGAAAGGAGAGGCGCCUCCACCUCCGCCGGCUCCCAACCACAGGCAGAGUGGAGGAGGAGGAAGGAAAGCAGGGGCAGGGGUUGGGGGAGAGAGAGAAGCCCCCCUCCGCUGCGCGUGUGUGCAGUCCGGCCCACCACAAGGUCUGAGGGACGGUGAACCGGCCCCCUCAUAAAAAAGUUUGCUGACCCCUGCAGUAGCCCAUCAUUUUUAAACAAAAUGUAAAAUGUCCCUUGUUGGGGUUGCAAUCAGUACAAGAAGGAACAACAUAGAUUGUUUAACUAUUAACCUAAAGAUAUAUAUGUGUGUGUGUUCUUGCCUACUUAUCUGUGUGGGGAGAGAGAGAGAGAGAGAGAGAGAAUACAUAUACAUAUACAUAUACAUAUACAUAUACAUAUACAUAUACAUAUACAUACAUGCCUCACAAGAUGAAAUUAAUCCGUUCCGCGAGUCUCUUCGUCUUGCGGUUUUUUCGUCUUGCGAAGCACGGCUAUUAGCGGCUUAGCGGCUAUUAACGGCUUAGCGGCUUUAAGAAAAAGGAAACAAACUCGCAAGAACUCGCAAGACAUUUCGUCUUGCGAAGCAAGCCCAUAGGGAAAUUCGUCUUGCGGAACGACUCAAAAAACGGAAAACUCUUUCGUCUUGCGAGGCAUUCGUCUUGCGAGGUACCACUGUACAUUUGGAAGACAUCUGAAGGGAUGUUUUUAAUGUGUGACAUUUUAAUGUAUUUUUUAUCUUUGUUGGAAGCUGCACAGAGUGGCUGGGGAAACCCAGCCAGAUGGGUGGGGUAUAAAUAAUAAAAUUAUUAUUAUUAUUAAUAUAUAUAUAUAUAUAUAUAUAUAUAUAUAUAUAUAUAAUAUUACACACACACACACACACACGUGGAAAAGUACGGUAGAAUUGUUGUCCUCUCCAACCUGAUUUACCAGAAACCCCCUGUUUUCAGCAACAGGUUGAAGAUUUCUUUUUCGGUGUCCCUUCUCCUGUACAUUAAGCAGCACCCUGGGAUAUAAAAACAAAGCGAGUGACACCUUUUAGGGAGAGAGGGCUAGUUUUCAGAGGGCAGUCCUCUGUUCAAAGAUGGAGGGCUGCUCAGUCCAGGCCUGGUUUAAAGAUAAAGAACCAUUAUUUAGGGAGAGCAGGUGAGGCCCCUAAGUUGCCCAUUAGCAGUGAGCACCCUGGCAGCAUGUUGUACAGGCACACAGAUCACACACUCACUGUAUUUCCCACUAGUCUUUUCCACUAUAGUGCUAUUUAAAUUACUUCUCAAUUUGCAUGUGUAUACAUUUAAAGAUGCCUAUGCGAAUUGAAUGCGAAUUCCCUGCCCCACUUUUGUCCUCUUUCUUGGCAAUGUAUAUAAACUGAGAUCUUCAGUGCUGCUGAUGCCUUGGGGGUGAAGGGAGGGGAGAGCAACUGCAAAUAGCCUUCCACUUGCCUUUGCCUCCCCCUUUCCCUCCCCCCAAAUCCACAGUAUAUCCAACCUUUCGUUAAAAUGCAACAUCUCAGAGAAAACAGACCAAACCCAUAAAACCACACCUGAAAAACAGCAACAAUUCGGCAGCAGAAACACCAGUUCCAUACAUCAGCCGCCUCCAGAGGCCCGAGGGAAAGAAUAUGUAUUAACCUGACACUGAAAGGCUGUUAUUGGAGCCGGGGGGCGGGGGACAUGACACAACUGUCUGCAGUGGAAGGGAGUUCCACAGCCAGGGUGCCAUAACACCCUGAACCACGUCUAACGCAGAUUUAACGUUCUGCCACCCACUAACAUACAAACGGGAAUGUCUUAAAAGGUGUGUAUCUGAACAUUAGUGGAAGCAGGUAAGGUGAAUGGCAAAGCUACCUGGGGAGCCUAAUGCCUUUUCUACAGGAAGUUUAAAGCUUUAUAUAAGUCUGAAGUGUUUUUCAUCACCAGGCCAGAACAUUGCGUGACUACAGUCUGCAAUCGAAUGACAUGGUGGCUAAAUCUUGGUUAUUAGGUUUUAACAGCUGGACUUAGUUUCUAAGUAUAGAGAGAGAGGCUGUGUGACUUUCUGCCUGUAUUUGGUUUACUGUUCAGCAGUGUAAAGCUACAAGAAAAAUCCUGUGUUAGUAGUUCAGCUCACAUUCUGAGAGUAUUGUUACACAUGCUCCAAUUCAAGCAGUGAGAUUUGAUGGGUUUCAGUUUUUACUCUAAGGUUUCUCUUGCCACAUAAGGAGCCUACAAGCCUUAAAUUUGAAGUUUGAAUCCUAGAGUUGGAAGCAACCACAAGGAUCAUCUAGUCCUGCAAUGCGGGAAUCUUUCACCCGAUUUGGGACUCGAACCCAUUACCCUAAGAUUACGAGUCUCAUGCUUGACUUACAACUAAGAGCACAAAGCAUAAAUGUAUUGCAAUAAAAGUCAUGCACUAAUCAAUAAAACAGGCCCUGUAAAGCAGCAGCAAAACUUCAGCAGCUAAAACUUACUACCGAUAGACAGAAAAAUAACCACAAUCCAUCAAAUGCCUGGGGAGAAGAGUGUUGCGAAAAGGAUGUUAAUGAUGGCGCCAGGCAGACCUUGCUGGGAAAAGCAUUCCACAAGUGGGGAGCCACAACCGAAAAGGCUCUCACCUUGUCACCAUCCUUCAAACUUGCUGGCGGGGAGGGCACCUGGAGGAUAACCUGAGGGGAAGAGCAAAGGGUCUGGAUGGGUUCAUAUUGGGAAAAGUGGGGUGAGAAAAACGGUAGCUUGGUAUUGAAACAUUGUUUAUUGUCUGCGUUAGUCGAAAGCUCACUUUUGCUGUGCCGUCUUAGAAGGGGCAUGGUUAAGGAGGUGCGUCUAUGGGAGCGGUCAUGAAGGGCAUCUGCACUUCAGCAUGUAUCACUUUGCCACUGGUUGGCACAGGAUAUGCCUGGUCAGGAUCAGACCAAACCAUCAAUUGUGUGUAUGUGUGUGGUGGGGUCCAGCCCAGCCACAAUCUCAUAAUGAUGUUGUUCCAGGUGGGCAUGUUCUUUAGGACUAACUCCAAAAGCUGCAGAUCCACAGGGGUGGCAGCCUUGUGUGGUCAACAUGGAGAGCCCAGGCGCAUAGAAUUGUACGCACACAAGUAGGAAUUCAAUGCUGUGCUAAGGUCAUCAUUCCGUCAGGUCAAGCAUUUCAGUCUGCCAGACAAAACGAUGGCCCUUUCCUCCCUCUGUGCACUGUUCCAAACAUUCUCUGACUCAGCCCAAGACAAUUUUGGUGGGGCAUAGGGGAAGAGAUGGGGGUAAAGGGCUUCUGCUGAUGGCACUCACUACUUGAACCCCACCCAUAACCUCUCCUUUCCAGAUAUCCUGCUGAAGGCUUGAAAGCCAGUGGGGCUGGUUCAAUGGCCGUAGUGCUACAGUUCCCUAUCCUUUUGUUUACAGACCAAAAGGAGCAAAGAGGCCUUUAUCGUUGUGAGUUUGUUGUCUGGUUACACUGCAAAUGGGCCUAUCACCACUGUUUUGAGUCCAGAUGUUUGCAGAUACCAGCCCCUCAAUGUGUCCCUAUUUUCCAGGGACAUCCCUGAUUUAGAGAAUCUGCCCCGGUUUCUGAUCAAUCCCAGAAUAUCCCCCUUUUCCUUAGGAUGUCUCUAUUUUCACUGGAGAAAUGUUGGAGGGUAUGGAGUUAUCUGCAUAGCUGUCAACGCUUCCCAUUUUUAAAGGGAAAUUCCCUUAUAGGAUUCCUCACAAGAAAAGGGAAAAGUUGACAGCGAUGGUUAUCUGACCCCCAAGCCAUCUGAAAACAAUCCUGUAUAGGGAAGUUCUUUAAUGUUUAAUGUUUUAUUAUGGGUUUUUUUAUAUCUGUUGAAAGCUACCCAGAGUGACUGGGGCAAUCCAGUAAGAUGUGUGGGGUGUAAAUAGUAGAAUUAUCAUUAUGGAAUGGAAGGUCCCUAUUUUCACCAGAGGAAUGUUGGAGGGUAUUAAAUACUCAAAGCUUUCCUAAGAGCUGUGGGGUGGUCCCCAGAAUGGGCACUUCACUUGAAGUGGUGAGUCUUCAAUGAGUGCACUUGGCAGGUCUGUGUGAGAAACAACCGUUACAAAGAGGGGUUGAGAAAGCGCAAGGGCCAUGAAUUAAGUCAAGAAUUGCACAGUGGCAUAUCAUUGUGGUGUAACGGUUAGUGUUGGACCAGGACUUGGGAGACCUGGGUUUGAAUCUGCACUCAGCCAUAAAGAUCACUGGGCAGCCUUGGGCCAGCCACUGUCUCUCAGAACAGCCUACCUCACAGGGUUGUUGCAUGAGGAUAAUGGGUUGGGUGAGAACCACCCUAGGUACACCACCCUAGGUUCCUUGGAGGAAAAGGUGGGACAUAAAUGUAAUAAUAAAAUAAAAUAAAUAGAGCCAGAUUGUCAAGAGUUGUGUGCAACAGGGAGGCACUGGUUGAUCCAGGGUAACCCCAAGGUUUGCAGAAGCACAACAUUUUGUUGUUGUUGUUGUUGUUUAGUCGUUUAGUUGUUUCCAACCCUUCGUGACCCCAUGGACCAGAGCACACCAGGCACUCCUGUCUUCCCCUGCCUCCUGCAGCUUGGUCAAACUCAUGCUGGUAGCUUCGAGAACACUGUCCAACCAUCUCGUCCUCUGUCGUCCAAUUCUCCUUGUGCCCUCCAUCUUUCCCAACAUCAGGGUCUUUUCCAGGGAGUCUUCUCUUCUCAUGAGGUGGCCAAAGUAUUGGAGCCUUAGCUUCACGAUCUGUCCUUCCAGUGAGCACUCAGGGCUGAUUUCCUUAAGAAUGGAUACGUUUGAUCUUCUUGCAGUCCAUGGGACUCUCAAGAGUCUCCUCCAGCACCAUAAUUCAAAACCACCAAUUCUUCGGCGAUAAGCCUUCUUUAUGGUCCAGCUCUCACUUCCAUAUAUGGUGUGUGUGUGUGUGUGUGUGUGUGUGUGUGUGUGUGUGUGUAGUGGGGGGAAUCUAAGUGGGAAACUUCCAAAUACAUCCCAGAGAGGACUAAGGCAGAAAGCAGGCAGACUGUUGAGAGGGAGUGGGAAAGAACUGAAAACCAAGUGUGCACACAACUGGGGCUGAUGGACAUUGUAGGCCAAAACAUCUGGAGAGAUUCUAGCUUGGCAAACGUAGAUUUAGCCUCAUGUGUAUUUUGGACUUGAGCAAAUGGAACAUCAUAAUUCCGUCCUUAUGAUCAGUUUACUAACUGAUAUGAAUAGUGGCAGGAACGCUUGGGCAUCCUGAACAUUUUAAGGCAGGGAUGGGGAACCCCUGGCUCCCCAGAUGCUGGACUCCAAUUGCCAUCAGCCUUGCAUGGCCAAUGAUGAGAGAUGUAGCAGUCCAUCAACAUCUGGAAAGCCGCAUGUUCCCUACCCCUGCUUAAGGCAUUGCCAAAAGAGGGAAUUGAUUUACCCGGGGCAAGAAAACUGGGGCUGUCCUUAGGUGAAGGAAAUGGAAAAGUAAACGCUUCAUAUAUAAAACAUGGCAUUCUUCAAAUGUUUAAAAUGCUCCGUUCCUCAAACCACUCAGCCAAAUGAGUGUGGUGCACUUUGAAAUUCCCUUUCCCAUUGUAAUGCUCCCGUUUAAUCCAGUGGUAAUGCAAGCAAAAUUCAGAGCCAUUUGAAUCAGGGAGACGGAUACAUUAGUUUAAUUGGGGAUUAAACCAAAUUCAUCUUCCUACUUCUGACCGCAGUGAACGUGCAUAUCCACACUGCAGGCUCCAACUGGCUUAGGGAACUCUGGGAAUUAUACUUCUCUGAGGGGCAAGAGGAAUCUGGAUCAGAAAUUGCUCGGCACUUCACGGGGCUACAGUUCCCUGACUUUAGUCUACAUUGCUUUGGGAGGGAAAUGGGUCUAGUAGACCCAAUUUGAGUCGCACAACUCAAAUUGAUUAUUUUUGUUGUUGUAUAUAUUUCAGCAACCCUAAAUUUUGAGAGUCAGUAGCACAGAUGUUGUAAACAAUCCCAUUAAAGAAGAUAACAGUGGUUACUCAGAGCUCGUCAGUGGUUGCGGAGGGUCCCCAUAACAAUUCAAGCUUCAGGGGGCCCCAAAAUGGAUGUCCACCACUGCUAAGACCCCAUGAUGAUUUUGUUCAUCACUUGUAUCUCUCUGCGCAGCUCGAUAUUCUAUACCUGAUAGGCAUCAAAAGAGGUUGGUCUUCCAGAUAUGCAGACCAGAAAGAGCAGAUCCCCAUUUGUCAUGCGUUUGUGGCAUUGCUAGAGUUACAAUGAAGUCCAAGAAACAAACACAGAUAAUGAUAAUAAUAAUUUUUUAUUUAUAUCCCGCCCUACCCCGCCGAAGCCAGGCUCAGAGCAGCUAACAACAGUAAAAUGCUACAACAUUCUAAAAUCAGUUCAUUAUAAAAUCAGUUCAAAUCAGAUUAAUGGCAACCAUUGGGCUAGAGUUCCGUGAGGAUUGCCAAAGGAGGGAGUCAGGCUGUGCCCUGGCCAAAGGCCUGGCGGAACAGCUCUGUCUUGCAGGCCCUGCGGAAAGAUGUCAAGUCCCGCAGGGUCCUAGUCUCUUGUGACAGAGCGUUCCACCAGAUCAGAGCCACAGCUGAAAAAGCCCUGGCUCUGGUUGAGGCCAGCCUAACCUCUCUGUGGCCCUGGACCUCCAAGAUAAGCCCAACCAUAGCUGCCACCAAAACUAAAAGAAGCCUCUCCAGACAUCUUGUUUAUUGUGCAUUCAUGACAGCUUGUGCUCAUGAUGGUAUUGGGGCAGUUACAUGUGAUCCCACUUCUUUUCUUUUCUUUUGUAUAUAAUUUUUAUUAGUUUUCUUUUCUAACAACAAAUAUCAAAAUCAUUUCCAAACAUACAUUCUACAUUUCCCCCCCCCUUCCCGUUAACUUCCUUCAGUUACCCCUCUGGUUUGUUACAUUAGAUGAUAAAAUCUGCUAUUCCUUAUAAAUGUCAAAAUGUUAUUACAAUGUUAUUCUUCAUGCAUUUUGCUAAAUAAAGUUGUGAAUGUUUAUUCAAAUCCUGCAGCCGAGUCCAUUUCUUUCAGUUGUUUCUGCAGAUAGUUGAUGAAAGGUUCCCACUCUUUUUAAAAAUCACUAUUGUCUUUUUCAUGUAGCUUAUCCGCUAGCUAAUUCUGCAUAGUUCUUCGAUUUUUCCUGCCAUUGUGCUUUCGAAGGUAUUUCUCCAGUCUUCCGGUUUCGUGCUAUUAGGAUUCUUGCUGCUGUUGUUGCGUACAUGAAUAUUUUUCAUUUCUCUUUCAGCAUCCUUGAUCAGAAAUACCUAUUAAAAAUGCUUCUGUUUUUUUUAACAAACGUCAUUUUAAACAUUUUUUUCAGUUCGUUAUAUAUCAUCUCCCAAAUUUUUUUGAUGAUACUACAUUCCCAUCACAUAUGAUAAAAGGUACCCUCCUUAUUUUUACAUCUCCAACAGUUAUUUGAUUCUGUUCUAUACAUUUUGGCCAGCUUAAUUGGUGUUAUAUGCCAUCUAUACAUCAUUUUUAUGUAAUUCUCUUUCAAUAAAAUACAACCUGUGAAUUUCAUAUUUACUUUCCAAAGUUUUUCCCACUCUUCAAUUUGUAUAUUAUGCCCACAUCUUGUGCCCACUUAAUCAUUACUGACUUAACUUCUUCCUCCUUCGUUUCCCAUUCCAAUAACAAACUUUGAGCUUUCUUAAAAAACAUUACGUAAUUUGAAAUUGUCAUCUAUUAUCUCUCUUUGGAAUCUAGAAAUUGUAUAACUAAAUCCUUUCUUAUUAUCUUCCUUAAAGAUUUCAUUUAUCUGUCUAUGUUGUAGCCAGCUUUGAAGGUAUUCCUUCAACUCCUCAUAAUCCUUCAAUUUUAGCUUUCCUUCCUGUUCAAUUAAUAGAUCUCUAUAUGUUGGCCAUAUUUCUUUCUUUGUUGUCAUUUUAAAUGAUAGUACUUCAAUAGGUGAUAACCACCAUGGAUUUUUUUCUUCUAAUAACUCUUUAUAUUUUCCCCAAACUUUUAUUAAAGAUUUUCUUAUUAUAUGAUUGUGAAAUUCUUUAUGCACUUUGGUUUUUCCAUACCACAAAUAUGUAUGCCUGCCAAAUCUGUUAUCAUGUCCCUCCAGUUCUAUUGCCACCUCUUUCUCCAAUUUGAUCCAAUCCCAAAUCCAAGUAAGGCAUGCUGCUUCAUAAUAAAUUCUGAAAUCUGGAAGGGAAAAAAGCCCCCUCUUUCUUUUAUAUCUGUAAGUAUUUUAUGUUUUAUUCUUGGUUUUCCCCCCUCCAGAUAAAUUUUGAAAUAUCUUUUUGCCAUUUUUUGAAGCAGAUGCUAUUACUUUUUAUCGGUAUUGUUUGAAAGAGGAACAACAUUUUUUGCAAUGCAUUCAUUUUAAUUGCUGCAAUUCUUCCGAAAAAGGAAAAGUCAUCCUUUCUUUAUAGAUAUUGAGAUUCCUGUUUGUUAACCAUAUUCCUAAAUACUUUACUUUUUUGUGGCUUUCUAUAUCCAAACUCUGGGAGAGUUCCAUCUUUUCUGAUUCUCUAAGAUUUUUGACUAAUAAUUUACUUUUGUUUUUAUUCAAUUUAAACCCUGCCACUUGUCCAUACUAUUGGGUUUAGGGAGAGGGUGGUGUUGUGGGUUAAACCACAGAGCCUAGGACUUGCCGAUCAGAAGGUCGCGGUUCGAAUCCCCGCGACGGGGUGAGCUCCCGUUGCUCGGUCUCUGCUCCUGCCAACCUAGCAAUUUGAAAGUAUGUCAAAGUGCAAGUAGAUAAAUAGGUACUGCUCUGGCGGGAAGGUAAACGGCAUUUCCAUGCACUGCUCUGGUUCGCCAGAAGCAGCUUAGUCAUGCUGGCCACAUGACAAAUGCCAGCUCCCUCGGCCAGUAAAGCGAAAUGAGCGCCGCAACCCCAGAGUCGGUCACGACUGGACCUAAUGGUCAGGGGUCCCUUUACCUUUACAGUGGUACCUCGGGUUACGUACGCUUCAGGUUACAUACACUUCAGGUUACAGACUCCGCUAACCCAGAAAUAGUACCUUGGGUUAAGAACUUUGCUUCAGGAUGAGAACAGAAAUCGUGCUCUGGUGGCGCAGCGGCAGCAGGAGGCCCCAUUAGCUAAAGUGAUGCUUCAGGUUAAGAACAGUUUCAGGUUAAGAACGGACCUCCAGAACGAAUUAAGUACUUAACCCGAGGUACCACUGUACUGUAAUUACCAAAUCAUCUGCAGAUGAUUUGGCGAUCCCACUUUUAAUACUCUUUGUGCCUGAAAACUUUCAGGGCAGUCGUACUGCUUAGCUUCCAAUCAGUACAUGUCCUGCAACGUCUUGCUGAAACCCUGUAACAUGUCAUAGCACCAAUGUUCUGGUUCCAGAUUAUAACGCUGAACCCUUGUCAGUCUACUCCCCCCCUUGUUUCCUGCCUUAGUGACCAACAGCAUCAAGCCAAAAUCCAGUUCAAGAUGCACUUGUCCAAAUAAUCAAUGAAACAAGCUCUUACAAUGUCAGGAUAGCAGUGUUAAGUGUUGGUACUGAUAUUUUUCCUGCACCAUGUUUUGGUUUUUAAAAAUAAUAAUAAUUGAAUUAAGUAUUUAUCUGAAGUGAUGGCCCAAUUAAGUGCUCGGAAGUUUUCUCUGCAGCCUUUUGGUUUCUGUAUAAAUUAAGCUUUGGUAAUGACAUUAACAAUCCACAGGGAAUCUGACACAUUCAGAAAUGUCCUCAGGUAACCAAUUAUUGAAUCCUCUGGGUCCUUCAUUCAUAAUUGCUUAGGGUUACAAUCACCGAGGCUAUGGAACAGCAGGGGGAAAGUGUUAAACUUGGGCCCAUGCGCAGGCACCUUGUUAAGGCGCAACUUAAAGAAAAGUUAAGAAAAAAAUCUUUGCAGGAGCUGUCAGGUCUCGUAAUGUUCACUUUGCCAGACCUUGGGGGUUGGGAACCAUUUUUCUCAGGGCGCAUGGAGGCGGAGAAGUCUUUUGGCAUCCGACUUCCACCGCAGAUCAUGCUCUAUAGGCUAAAAUAAAGUAACGGACAAGUAGGAUGCAAAACAUGACUAGUGCACAUUUCUUCAAACCCACCGACACAAUGAAUUCUGCUUUUACCCAAAUGUGGAUGUGCUUGAUGAGGACAAAGGACAAGCUUACAGAUUGUGUGGUGAUGUGCCCCCCAUUUUUCGAUACAUCCCCCUGUCUGUAAGUAGGGAUGGACACAUUUGCCAAUGUUGGUUUCUCUCGGUUCCUCGUUUUUUCCAAUCUCAAGCUCAAGUUUGCAUCCGUUUCCCUUAAUAGAAUGCAUUACUGCAUAUUAUUGUAUGCACUGUAAUGCACACUCCCCCUUGCGUACGUGCAUUUGUACAAACAAACAGAAUUUGAAGAAGGGCAGAUUUUGAACUAUGGCUGCAUUUUGGCUGCGUAUUGUUUGAAGAAGUGCAAAUUACAUUAAAAGGUGAAAUGAACUGAAUCUCCCCAGGAUUGUCACCUGUAAUCUUGAUUUGUUCAACACAACCACCCAGAGCCUGCUGCUUUUUAAAAGCAUCUUCUCCCACUUUCCCUUGUUGCCUCUGAUCCCAUGAGAGACCUAUAGUUUGCUCCCUCUCUUUUCCUUCAAAUUUUUGCUGGGUCAGCAUCAUUAGGAUACAGCUUAGCAGGACUGCAGAUUUACUGUACAGCAGGGCAAGGUGGCGUAGGCUGGAUUCAAACUGGUUUAUUUGCCCUCAUAGAGUCCCAUCAGGAGAAAAUGGUUGCAGCAAUUGGUGUUAAGGAGAAAAUAUAUGUAUUGGGGUGCAUAUUGAUAUACCUAUGUCAUAGAAUAGACACCAAGGAGCAUCUAGUCAAAGUCCUGCAAUGCAAGAGUCUCUAACCUCUCCUGGUAUGUCCCACGGAGGACCUUACGGUCUUCAAAUAAAAACAUCUUGGAGAUCCCGAGCCACAGGAGGUUAAGCUGGCCUCAACCAGAGCCAGGGCUUUUUCGGCCGUGGCCCCGAUCUGGUGGAACACUCUGUCACAAGAGACUAGGGCGCUGCGGGACUUGACAUCUUUCUGCAGGGCCUGCAAGACAGAACUGUUCCACCAGGCCUUUGGCCAAGGCACAGUCUGACCCCCUCUCUCCUUCUGUAAUCUUCAUAGAACUCUAGCCCAGUGGUUGCCAUUAAUUUGAUUCUGAAUUGAUUUUAGAAUGUAUUUCAAUUAAUUGACUGUGAUUUUAUGUAAACUGUGCUGUUUUUAUUGUUGUUAGCUGCUCUGAGCCUGGCUUUGGCUGGGGAGGGCAGGAUAUAAAUAAAAUUAUAUUAUUAUUAUUAUUAAAGCACUCAGGACAGAUCAAUUAGCAGGGAGUUUCAGAGCAUAGGAGGAAGACUGAAUCAUGGAAUAUGUGGAACCAACAUUACAUGGGACUUCUACAAGUGCAAGUUCCACAGACUGAAGUGGCCAUGGGGCAUAUCCUUCAGGUAAACUGGUCCCAAGUUAGGAAGGGACACUUUCAACGGAGCCUAGUAAGAAAAUCAGCAGUGUGAGGAUCAAAUCCAGAUAUUUUCUUCUUCCUCUUUGACCCUCCUGCCACACUUCAUGCAGGCUGCCAGCUUCAUUCAUUUUCUCCUCCUCCCUGCCCCCCUUUUUAGCGCUUGGCAUGUUUCUCUGAUCAAAGUUUCUUUUGUGCUUUUUAAAAGUGUAUAUUGAUUGUUGCCAGGUGCUUUUAAAAAAAUUCUUUAUACACUGUUUUUAAAGCGGAAACUUGCAAAUCUUUAGAAUAAAAUGUUAAAUCAAGACCCUACUUUGCAGUUGAUGCAAAUGGACAACAGUGGUACCUCGGGUUACAGACGCUUCAGGUUACAGACUCCGCUAAACCAGAAAUAGUACCUAGGGUUAAGAACUUUGCUUCAGGAUGAGAACAGAAAUCACGCAGCGGCAGCGGGAGGCCCCAUUAGCUAAAGUGGUACCUCAGGUUAAGAACAGUUUAAGGUUAAGAACGGACCUCCAGAACGAAUUAAGUUCUUAACCCGAGGUACCACUGUAUCUGAGAAUACAAGAUUGGUCUUUUCUUGUUGCCUAAAUCAGGCUUCCCCGGCCGGCAGGCUUUUGAUGGAAGCUGUAGUCAAAAACAUCUGGAGGGUACCAGCUUGGAGAGCAGGGGUGUCAACUCCUGGGGGCUGAGGCUGCCCCCGAAUAUUUUUGGGGUGGGGGACAGCAGCGGCGGAGCAAGCUGAUUGGGCGCCUAGGGUGCCCUGUGCCCAGGGGUAGGGCCAGCCGGGGCAGGACACUCUGUGGGGCCUCCAAGGAUUCUUCCUGCCUCCUCCCACUCAGCCACCCUACAGCUGAGGGGGAGGCGGCAGGUGGACCGCUUGGGGCAGUGCGCACGAGCCUGCGGGCGUCCAAGCCACCGCGUCACUCCCAGGAGAGAUGUGUGGCUCGGUCGUGCUGCAGGCCCCGUGGUGAGUGCUGCCUGGCAUUUUGUCACCCCCCUCAGUGGUGACACCCGGGGCGGCCCACCCCCACCGCGCGCCCCUCCCUGGGGGCCAGGCCCCCCAAUGUCCAAAAAGCGCGGAGGUGAACUGGCUCCUCCCAAGAUCCUGACAUCAUGUGCACCCCAUCAUCCUUACAAGCUGGCGCCUCUUGGCUUGGCCUAAACAAACACAGCCCCAAACACCACUUUCAGUCCUGUUGCAGAUUUGAGCUCCUGACAACAUGUGUGUUAACUAUGUGCAAAAACAGAACUAUGGUGAAGAAAUAGUGCGAUUGCUUCACUGCGUGUCAGACUUUGCGACUCAGGGCCAAAUUAGAAGUGACAUUAGUUCUGUGAAUGUAGUGAACGUGCACUUUAAAAAAAUAUGUAGAAAAAUAUGGAGGAAAUGUGGUUCACCUCAACUUGCUUGCUUCAUCCAGGCAGAAUCAGAAAUCCUCUACUCAUUUGCCAUGCCUCAGCUUGCAAGAGAGAGGAAUACCAACUAUUACUUAAACUGGCAAACAUUCAGCUCAAGGGUAAUGACCUUUCUGCCACUGAUUCUGCAGCAAAUCGAAUAGAACUGGGCUACAGAAGAAUCUGGCACCAGAAUCCAUUUGAUUCCAGGGAAACCUGGGUUCAAGUUUCGGUUUUGCUGUGAAACUCUCUCAGCCUAACCUACCUCUCAGAGUUUUUUGGGGGGAUAAAAUGGAAUAGCCCCCAUUACACUUCCUUGAAUUUCUUUGAAGACGGGCAGGAAUGUAAAUGUAAAAUAUAUAUUUUGAUGGGCAGUCUGGUAUAAAUCUGAUAUACUACUCUCUGGUUAAAGUGAUGUCUGGUGUUUUUUAAAAAUGUAGGUAGCUCUCAGAAGAUGUACUUUAGAUUUUAGUCUGUAAGAGGCCCCAGGUUCCGAUGCAAGACUUAAACCUCCAGGGUAUUUGGGGCAGACUUAUAUGACAAAACAUGUCCUUAAUGAACCUUAAUCCUAUUAAUAGGAUUGUCAGGGUAGAUUUGUCAUUGAAAAGAUGUUUUCAUCCAUGAGUCCUAUGGCUUGCUCAUAAGUGGAACUCUAUUGCUGGAAUGCUAAAGGGGCACAGAAAGUCACUUAGUGCAGGAUUUGAUAUAUAUAGGGACUCUCCCCACUAAAUGUCCUCCCGGGUUUACAUGGCUAUUUUGCAAGCAAAUGUGUGUACAUCAGGUGUAUGCCCAACCUCUACAGUCCAUGAACAGUGUCUGUAAUGACUAGCAGCUAUCAAUCUCUGUAUCCCCUACGAAUUUAUCUAAUCCUAUUUUAAAGUCAUCCAAGACGGUGGCAAUCACUACCUCUUGCUGGAGCAAAUUCCAUAGUCUAUGCACUGUGCGAAGAAGUACGUACUAUUGCCAGACUUGAAUCAGUCAACAUUCAGCUUCAUUAUAAAACAGGGAGGAAAAAUCAUCUAUCUGCUCAGUUUGCCCAUAGCUAUGCCCAAGAAGGUUAGCGGUUCGAAUCCCCGCAACGGGGUGAGCUCCCGUUGCUCGGUCCCAGCUCCUGCCAACCUAGCAGUUCAAAAGCAUGUCAAAGUGCACUCCGACGGGAAGGUAAACGGCGUUUCCGUGCGCUGCUCUGGUUCACCAGAAGCAGCUUAGUCAUGCUGGCCACAUGACAAAUGCCAGCUCCCUCGGCCAGUAAAGCGAGAUGAGCAGCGCAAUCCCAGAGUUGUCCGCGACUGGACUUAAUGGUCAGGGGUCCCUUUACCUUUUUAUGCCCAAGACUGCAUCAGAAGGUGGGCUGGGGCUGGGUAACUUGAAUACCUUGGUUCAAGUCCGACCCUCCAGAGCAGAAGAAGAGAAGAAGAAGAGUUUGGUUUUGAUAUCCCGCUUUAUCACUACCCUAAGGAGUCUCAAAGCGGCUAACAAUCUCCUUUCCCAGUGUGGUGUAGUGGUUAAGAGGGUGGACUCGUAAUCUGGUGAACCGGGUUCGGUUCCCCGCUCCUCCACAUGCAAGGGAAAAGGAGAUUGUUAGCCGCUUUGAGACUCCCUAGGGUAGUAAUAAAGCGGGAUAUCAAAUCCAAACUCCUCCUCUUCUUCUUCUUCUUCUUCUUCUUCUUCUUCUUCUUCUUCUUCUUCCCUUCCUCCCCCACAACAAACACUCUGUGAGGUGAGUGAGGCUGAGAGACUUCAAAGAAGUGUGACUGGCCCAAGGUCACCCAGCAGCUGCAUGUGGAGGAGCGGGGAAGCGAACCCGGUUUACCAGAUUACGAGUCCACCGCUCUUAACCACUACACCAAACUCUCCCACCUCUACAGUUCUAUGUGGUGAGGAAGGCCCCUGGCAACCUGAAAAACAUGAGGGCAAUGUUCCUUGAACAGAGGGCCAGGACUCAUCUGUGGGCCUUGGGCCAUUUUCAGAUGGGUCUUAGUACCACAUUCUGACCAGUGACCCCUCACCUGCUUGACCAAGCCCUAGGCCUUGUUAUAGGCAUUGGUUAGACCAAUGUGGUUGGGAGGCACCAAUGUCCCAAGGCUGAGGGAGGAAGGAAGUUCUCCCUCCUCUGAGGGGAAAGGGGCAAAGGAGGUGCUGAAGGAAAUGGGAUAGAAGGAGGGGGAAGUGUUAUAAGACAAAGAAGCGAAUGUAAAAGAAAAGGGAAGUGGUUGUGGUAUUGGUGUUGGGAGUAGUGUACAAGCUGAGUGAGAAUGGGAUAAGAAAAUGCAGGAGAUGGGUAUUAGUACUUUGAAAGGCAUGUAGGUGUAAGGAAGGAGAAAGUCUUCUUCACUUAGAGCAGGCAUAGACAAACUCGGCCAUGCAGAUGUUUUGGGACUACAACUCCAAUCAUCUCUAGCUAACAGGACCAGUGGUCAGGGAUGAUGGGAAUUGUAGUCUCAAAACAUCUGGAGGGCCAAGUUUGCCUAUGCCUGACUUAGAGCAUCAGGGUCAGUAAAAAAAAUUGGCAGCAUCAAAUAAAAUGGGGAGGCGGAAUCACAAUACCUCUUUAGCACAAGGAAAACGGAGCUAUGGGACUCCUCUGGCAAAGAACUUAGCAAUUUCCACAGGUGGGUUAGGUAUUGGUAGAGAUAGAGAAGGAUGUAACUGUCACCUGAUUAUGCCAGACUCUGCCUUCUUCUGUCACCAUUUUGUGACUGGUGAACCCAAGUAAUUUCCAGUCAUCUCGUGGGCUCUGGGGAUAGGAGGUUUCAGAACCCCUGACUGAGGGGAUCACAGAUUUCCCUUUUGGCGAAGGCCAGGGGUGAAAUAACUGGAUGUGGGUCUACUUAGGGCUCUUCGGAAAAGAGAUAUGAGACUUUAUACAGGCCCAAGAGGAUUUUAUUUCUUACUGAAUCUGUUUAAUUGACCUAUAUGUGUUAGCCAGGCCAGCAUAAUGAAUGGUUAGGCAAGAAAAGCAGUUCAGUACCUGCAGUGCCACCUGGUGGUGGAGGAUAGUUUAUUUCCCACCCAUAAUUGUGUAGAAAAAUCUUUUGCUGAAAAGGUCUGAACAACAGCCAUUUACAUUUGUUUGGAUGAGUGAAUUGCUACUUGUUAGUUUGUAUUAUUUAUGGAUCAUCUUCCAAUGGAAACUUGCUCAAGGAAGGGGAACUGACAUUCUUUUACCCUCAUCUGUUUUGGUUUGUUUGUUUAGUUAUAUUGAUAAGCCCCCUAAAGUAACACAAUUCAUUAGAAACACAAUUCAUUUAGAAACCACUAAAUAAUUACUGACAGCAGCAGCAACAACAACAGUAACCGGGUCCUUCCUCCUCUAACUGCCUGCUGAAAAAGAUACAUCUUUAACUGAAGGCCCAAACCACAUUCCUUGUGCUGAGAAGGCAGCACAGGCCGGUCAAUAUGUUCUGACAACUGUUCUUUUAAAAAACAUAUUGUUACAGAAAGAGGACAGGUAAUAGUGAAGUUCAGUCACCGAAAGACAUUCAAAAUAGGAUGCCAGGUAGCUAGGGGAGUGGGGUGGGGAGAAAUUUUAUUCGGUUCAUAUUUAAAGGUGAAUCUACCUAAUUUCCAAUUUAUGGAACAAUAUGCAAACUGAAGCGCAGCCAUCCCUUAAAUUCUUACGUUUCCGAAUUUUGCAGUGCCAAAUGAUGUGUACAAAAAUGCAUAAACAAGAGCAAAUUGUGCAUUGAAAUGCAUAUGUUAGUGAAAAUGACAUAUAAGGACGCAUUUUUCAGGGUGAAGCGCUUUACUUGGACAAAAUUGUAUCUUGGACAAAAUUGCAUGCAAAAAUGUUCAUAUUAGGAGAAAUUCGCAGUUAAAUGCUGAUGAAUUUUCAUAAUAACUCUUUUUUAAAAAAGGAAAAAAGGAAAUUGAUGUGGAAAUGUAAAAAAACUGAACUCAAGAGUGGAAAAAUGACAGACUGGGAGAAACUGGAAUUGACAGAUCUGCCCAUCCCUAGAUGCAACCCAUUCCUAUGCAGGCUAAUUCAGAAGUUUGUCUCAAUGGGCUAACUCUAAAGUAAGUUUGCAUAGGACUUGCUGUGUUUCCUAUGGCAUUGUUUCCUAUAUAUCUACUGUAAUGCCUUCUUGAUGGGACCAGUCCUUUCUUCAGACAAUGGCCAUUUUGUUUAGAUUUUUGCUGUGAUGGACCCAGGCUUUCUAUGUACAGGAUUUGUGUGUUUUUUUAAAAAAAACACACACACACACAGUUCACCCAUCAAAGAUAAGCAUUAAUGCUUCAUUAAAUCUCCAGAACGAACGCUGACAGCAGCUAAAGGCCAACAGGAAUAAGCAUCAAUGCUGUCAGCAGGAGGUGUUUCAGAAUGUAAGAUGGGAUCGUGCAUCUGAAUAAAAGUAGGAGCAAAUGAAUGAAUGAAUGAAUGAGUGUGCACACAGUGCAUGAAUAGGCACAACCCUUCAGGAGCAGAAUGGAUUGGCCAGCUACUUAACCAGUUAUUUACUCACAUAUUUAUUCUUGGUAGACAGAAGUCCAGCGCAUUGUUCUGCUUUAGCAUUUGCGAACCACAAUAUUCAGGAACGAGCGUGUCACCCGAUACUAUGGUGUUUGCACUGAAAUAAAUGAGGGAAAUGUAUAUGUAUAGGCAACGGCAUAGCUAAUUGCUUCAUACAAUAGAUGGAUCAGAGAAUUGUAACAAGGUAUACAUCUGAAUCCACAUCUGGGUCUAGGAAGGAGGAGGAGGAGGAGGAGGAGGAGAAGGAGAAGAAGAAGAAGAAGAAGAAGAAGAAGAAGAAGAAGAAGAAGAAGAAGAAGACUAUUUACAUCCUGCCCAUCCUGCCCCAGCUACUCUGGGCAGCUUCCAACAUAAUGAAAACAUAAUUAAGCAUUAAAAAUUAACAAAAUCCCCAUACAGCAUUGCCUUCAGAUGUCUUCUAAAGGUUGUAUAGUUACUUAUCUCCUUGGUUAGGAGGUCACAUAACUCCAUACCCUCCAAUAUUUCUCCAAUGAAAAGAAGGGCAUCCUAAGGAAAAGUGGGACAUUCCAGGAUCAAAUCAGAACCUGGGAUGGCGUCUGUAAGUCCAGGACUGUCCCUGGAAAAUAGGGACACUUGGAGGGCCUGUAUUGCUAUUAAUGAAUUGUUUUAUAUCACUGUGGACUGGCUUGAUGAAAAGUGGUAAAGGUAAAGGGACCCUGAUCAUUAGGUCCAGUCGUGGCCGAUUCUGGGGUUGCGCCGCUCAUCUCGCUUUAUUGGCCGAGGAAGCCGGCGUAUAGCUUCUGGGUCAUGUGGCCAGCAUGACUAAGCCGCUUCUGGUGAACCAGAGCAGCGUACGGAAACGCCUUUUACCUUCCCACUGGAGCGGUACCUAUUUAUCUACUUGCACUUUGUGCUUUCAAACUGCUAGGUUGGCAGGAGCAGGGACUGAGCAACGGGAGCUCACCCCGUCACGGGGAUUCAAACCGCCGACCUUCUGAUCGGCAAGUCCUAGGUUCUGUGGUUUAACCCACAGCGCCACCCGCGUCCUGUUAUAAAACAAGCAAACCAACCAACCCAUGAGAGUAGAUGGAGUUUCCUGCUCAGCAGCUGACACUUUUCCAAGUUUGGUGCGAUUAGGGUGGAAGGAUUCACAAUACCAACUGUGCUCUGUUUGUGACUUUCUUGGGGCGUUUGGAGUAACUGCCAUGAUUAACUGUGUCUUAUGAGAAUAUAACCUCGUUUAUAUAGUGUGAAAGUAUGUUCCUAUCGAGCAGGUGGUGAAACAACGAAUCUGUCAAAUGAAAAGGGAGGUGACCCAUGCCUGUUAGCUUUCUUAAGAGAGAACAGGUUCACUUUUGGCACACACAAUAAAAGGCAAUUGAGUAGGCCAGAUUUUACAUUUCUGGGUAAUUUUAUUGUUCAUUAUUUCACCCUUCUGACUGUAACAAAAAAGCAUGUAGUCUGGCAUGAAUAUGAUGUAGUGGAAAAAAAUAUGUAUGAAUGGAUAGUAAAGGCUGACUUGGAAUGAAAGAGUUGGUCAGAAAAAGUGACUCAUGGUGCUUCUAAUUUAGCACUGUGGAGCUGGCGGCUUGGUAGGACUUAAAAGCGGCUGAGUUCAAAAUGAGCCACUGCCAUCUUACCACCAUUCGUUAGACCUGGAGCUCAAGGGGGGAAGACAUUUCAGUGCCAAUUAAACUAUAUCUCCCCCCACUUUCAGCUUUCACUUGGCAAAUGGCUGAAAAGAGCAACUCCAUGUCUCAGGGUCCUUAUGGCUAAUCGGUGUUCCUGUAACAGUCAGGACGCAAGGCUUUGCUGCCAGGAAAUCCUGGCUCAGUUCAUGCCACAUGUGACGGAUUUCUCCCUUCACCCAUUUCUGCCAGUGGUUGACUCACUACAAAUCCUUAUCCUGAAGGUCUUGUUUAUAUCUGUAAGUUAAAUGUAACAGUGUGCAGCGGCUCGGCAUGCAAUCCAAGUCACAAGUCAAAUCAGGGUGCCUUGAGGUGUCAUUGUUUUGAAUGCCAAGGUUGAAUCAGGAUGUUAGCAAGGUGUCCCAGGUCAAGAGUAGCAACAUCCUCUCGGCCUCCAAAGCCUCGUUUGCACACAUGAAAUGCUGCAGAGGUGUUUCCUAUCCUCUAUCUAUCUAUCUAUCUAUCUACCGGUAUCUAUCUAUCAUCUAUCUAUCAUCUAUCUAUCAUCUAUCUAUCAUCUAUCUAUCAUCUAUCUAUCUAUCUAUCUAUCUAUCUAAUCUAUCAUCUGCGGUGGUACCUCGGUUCUUGAAGGUAAUCCGUUCUGGAAGACUAUUCAAGUUCCGAAACAUUCGAAAACCAAGGCGCAAAGGGGUACCUGAAAAUUCAAUUGAGAAAAUUGAAAAACACACAGAGAAAGCUGUCCGACUUCUGAGGCGCACUCGAAAACAGAAGCAUUUACUUCCAGGUUUUUAGCAUUUGGGUUCCGAAAUGUUUGUCAGCGGAGACGUUCAAGAACUGAAGUACCAGUGUAUCUAUCUAUCUAAAAGCAAAACUAAGCUGACCAUAAGGGGAAUGGCCUGUUGCUGUUAAAGUGAGGAGCGAGGGAGAGAGAGAGAGAGCAGGGCAGGAAGAUGGAUAGCUCUUAGCUUUUAAUCAGAGGGAAUUAUUUUGCCAGGGCUCUCCAAUCACUGUGCAUUAGGGGAGGGACCUUGAUGGAAAAACAUUUUGCUUCGUGUCUGCUUGUUGCUCUCUAGUAAGUUCUGUCUCUCUGGAGCAUGGCUGCUUGGAAACUUAUGGUGAACCAGGCGGUGUCCCUUUUCUCACAGGCUCCCAUCACUUUCCAUUUUUAUUACCAACAAAUCAGUUUUAUUUUCAUGCUGUUUCUUCUUAUUGCUCUUUUUCAUUUUGUUUGUGCCAUUUUUGUGUGUGUGUUGAAGAGUAUUUGUAGUACAGUGUUUACCAGUGCUAUUUUUUUCAUAGAAAAAGAGGUGCCAGAACUCACCAUGAACGCCUCCCUUGUUCUCUUAGAAUGGCAAUGGCAGCCACCGGAGAGGUGCCAGAACUAGGAGAGAGAGAAGAGGGGUUUUCUUCCACCUCUUUCCCUCACGGCCGUUAGAGAGACCCUUUGCCAUAGCUUGAGCAAGGAUUUUACAGACUUAAGCCUUCUAAUGCAUGGAGUGCUUUGGGAUGGGAAGGAAAGAGGCAAUUGACCGAAGAUGAAUUGCCCAGGGCUGCAGCUGAAAUGUUUUAGAUUCUAGAUCCCCCUCCUGUUAUUUUUAUUACUUGAAAAUGUGGUAAGCUAACAUGGCUACACCAGAGGGUGUUCUCAGUCAUUAUGAUCAGGGAUGCCAACUUGAAUAAAAUAUGGGGGGAGCCCCACCCUGUGUUAUGAUCACAAUACAUGGGGCAUGCAUGUCGUUUGAAUGGUAAUCCCCAUCAAAUAUUUUAUGGGGGGGCUGAAGGGACCUCAGCACCUAGAAGUUGGCUCCUAUGAUUAUAAUGACAGGGACACUGGACUUCUGCCCCCAAACCCUACCCUGCCCUGACAGCAGAAUUAGCAAAUUUGUUGUGCAGAAAAAAGAGUUGCAUGACAGGGCAGGGGAACAUAGCUGUCAACCUUCCCUUUUUUGGUGGGAAAUUCCCUUAUUCCAGCACCGUUUCCUGAUGCUUCCCACUGCUAUCCCAGAUUGUUAGAUAUCCCGUAGACUGUCCCUGGGACAGGUGAGGCUGCUGAUCCCUUAUUUUUGAGGCUGCUGAUCCCUUAUUUUCAAAUCUGAAAGUUGACAGGUAUGCGAGGGAAGUCCUGCUCACCCUGAACGGGGCUGAAUAUUUGUUUUUGCAACUGCAGCAAUGGCUGCAUUGCUAACUGGGCAUAGAAAUAUUACAAUGUUUUUGUGAAAUAUAAGAAUCCAAAAAUCCUUGUCCUUCUUCCUUGAUGGCAUCUGUCUGUCUCAAGACACAAUGGAAAGGUCUCUCCACUGGUCCAACCACUGGAGAGCUACAGCGCCUGCCGCGGCUGUGGAAACCAGUGUAAGAGAGACAUGUUUUAUUGCAGCUGGGGCAGAUGAAGGAGUCCAGGUUUGCUGUCAUUCCUCCUCUGGUCCCUGCUGUAGAUACGCAGCCAGACUAUUUGUCUCCAGGCACUGUGGUCAUCUGCAAGGGAUUUGAACACAGAACCAGACACAAUGAGAAAACAGGAGAUAAAAGAGUUAUAGCAAUUGCUAUUUUUCCCCCCCCUGUCUGAACUUACAAGCAUUACAGGAAGUUUUUAUUGGCGCACGAUUUAGAUUUGACUCGAUGGGAUAAUUUAAAUUUAAGUUCUCCCUGCAGAACAUGCUCAUCACUUCUUUUACUUACCGUAUAUUCCUUUCCUGUUCCCUUUCCCUCCUUGCUCAGAGCGAAUUAGAUGAGAAUCAGAUCCAGAUGGCUGGGGACGACGUGGGCUUGCCGGAAGACCUCCAGAAAAUGGUGGCAGAAGAUCAAGUAGAGGAAGAAGACAAGGAUUCUAUACUCGGGCAACUUCAGAACAUACAGAACAUGGACAUGGAUCAAAUCAAAGAAAAGGCCCAAGCCACCUUCACUGAUAUUAAACAGGCAGCUGGGGAGAAGUGUUCUGUAAUGUAA